AUGAAGGCAAAGGGCGUUGACUUCAUCCUUUGCCCUGCAUACGUCGGGGCGGGAGUGCUGCAGGGCGGAGCAAAGUACUGGAACUACACGGCCAUUUGGAACAUUCUUGACCAGCCAGCAUCUAUUCUCCCAAGCGGACUCCGGGUCGAUAAGAACAUUGAUAAGCCUGAAGAGGCAUACACGCCAAGGAAUCAGCAGGAUGAGGAAGAAUGGAAAGCAUUGCGAUGUGUGGAUUCCUGUCGUAUGCAGUUCUUUCGUGAGGUCGGCAAGAGCAACACGGGCGGCGUCAUGAACGGUGGCAGCACCGAGAUCACCGAUGACUGGAUGUGCGAACAUCACGAAAUCAACACCUUGGCAGAAUAG